AUGACGGUCAGCGUGACUGAACUCGCAGAUCGCUUCACAUGGAUCGACUACACGGUGUUCGGUCUCAUGCUGGGAGUAUCGGCCUUCAUCGGUAUUUUCUACGGAUGUUUCGGCAAGAAGCAGGACACGAAGGAUUUCCUCGUCGCUGGCAAGUCCAUGACCACCUUCCCUGUGGCCAUGUCUCUCAUCGCCAGUUUCAUGUCGGCCAUCACGCUGUUGGGGACGCCAUCGGAGGUCUAUCAGUUCGGGUUCAUCUACUGGCUUAUUAUAUUCUCCUACAUGCUGGUCAUGCCUGCAGCUGCCUACCUCUACUUUCCAGUCUUCCACGAGCUCCAGGUUAUCUCCGCCUUCGAAUACCUAGAGAAGCGGUUCCACAGAGCAGUGCGGUGGCUGGGUUCCCUUGUCUUUAUCAUCCAGAUGACGCUGUACAUGGCCAUCGUGGUGUACGCUCCAGCUCUCGCCCUGGCUCAGGUCACCGGCUUUGACGUCUACAUCUCCGUCAGCCUCAUCUGCUUCGUCUGCAUUUUCUAUACCACUCUGGGCGGCAUGAAGGCUGUGCUCUGGACCGACGCACUCCAGACAGUCAUUAUGUAUGGCAGCAUCAUAUUCAUCAUCAUCAAGGGCACCUUAGACGUUGGAGGAUUCAGCGCGGUGUGGGCGAGGAACGCGGAGAGCGGCCGGACACAGCUGAUCGACUUCGACCCGGAUCCCACCACCAGACACACCUUUUGGUCGCUUGUUAUUGGAGGUUACUUUACCUGGAUCUCUAUCUAUGGCGUCAACCAGGCGCAGGUGCAGCGAUACCUUUGUGUCCAGACAAGACAAAUGGCAGUCAACACCUUGUGGAUCAACUUGGUAGGACUGGUGAUUUUAAUGGUUACUUGUUCCUUUGGGGGGAUGGUUGUGUACGCCAAGUACUAUGACUGUGACCCAGUCCGUGCUGGAGUUGUCACUAAGGAAGACCAGGUCUUCCCACUCUUCGUCAUGGACACCCUUGGGCAGUGGCAGGGUCUUCCAGGACUGUUCGUUGCUGGCAUAUUCGCUGGAGCUCUCAGCACCGUUUCUUCCGGGAUGAACUCCCUCGCAGCCAUCGUGUUGGAAGACUUCGUCAAGAACGGGUGUUAUCCAGGCAUCUCAGACAAAGCCUGUACCUCGGUCUCCAGGGGCCUCUCCCUCUUCUUCGGUCUCCUUACUUUUGCUCUCGUCUUUGUGACGGAGCAACUUGGCAACAUUUUAUCUGCAGCGUUGAGCAUCUUCGGCUUGGUUGGAGGGCCUCUGCUGGGAGUGUUCACCCUUGGCAUGUUCUUCCCUUGGGCCAACGCCACCGGAGCCUUCGUUGGUGAAAUCGUCAGCUUGAUCUUCAUGUUCUGGAUCGGAGUUGGUCAUCAUAUGGCCAGGUACUCGGGCCAGAUCAAGCUAGAGUCUAUGCCCACCAGUAUAGACGGCUGCAACAACCUCACCUUCGUUGAAUCCAAAUUCUUACCUAUACCUCAUACUGAACCAGGCGAGGCGCUGGCCAUAUACCGCCUGUCUUACAUGUGGUAUUCCGCGACGGGUUGCUUCACUGUGAUCAUUGUGGGGAUGUUGGUGACGCUGGUAACUGGUAAGCAAGACGUGCGGGUCGUCGACCCUCGCUGUCUCUCCCCUGCCGUGAUAUGGUUCAAGAACUGGCUGCCAGGUCUCAGUGGUCUCGGAGAAGAUUAUAUUGGUGAAGAGGAAGGACUGAGGGAGAACAAGAGUUCAAGUUCACUGGCCAUCACCAAUGCUUAUUAUAACUCAGGAAUUGACGAAGAAAUGAUGAAUGAUUUUACGCCUGAGAAGGAAUGUUCAAAGUUGUAA